AUGUCCAUUGAAGUUGACUGGAGGACCGCCACCUCUGGACCGGAUGGUGAGGCUCUGGCCGAGCGCAUCCGCUCCUUCAUUCAUGACAAGUUCCAGCAGGUGGCCCUCCCCCGUUUUAUCCGUUCUGUUCAAGUUCACUCGUUCGACUUUGGGACCAUACCACCCGAUCUUGAGGUAAAAGAUGUUUGUGAACCAUUUACCGACUUCUAUGAGGAGGAUGACGAUGAUGAAACGUCCGAUGUGUCCGAGGAGCUGGUCUCCGGUCACGGCACCCAGUGGCACGGGGAACUGAACGAGCCCCCUUUCCACGAGGAAAUGGCAAUGAAACGACCGUUAAGGGACCCAUACAAUGAAACCUUUCACUCGACUGCUUUGCGGUCCCCAAUGGAACACCUGAACCCUCACUUCCUUCCUCGUGCGGGUACGCCAGGUAUUCCCGGCGGGACUUCAACAUUAGGGUACCACCUCAUGUCCCUUGGUGGUUUGUCGGGGACACAAACUCCCCUCGCGGCGGUCGCAGGCGGCACACCAUUCGCAAACGGUUGGACGGACUCUGGAAUGGGCGCAAGUAACAUGGGCCGUCCAUCUAUCUCAGGCGCGGCUGCGAUGGACCAAUCUCGCAUGGAAGCUGAUAUCGACACCAGCAAUCCCACAUCACGCCCUUCGACCUCUAGCACUCUCCCUUCCCACCCAUCUGCGUCCAACCAACCUAGCGGCGAUGCUACGGCGGGAAAAGACCUCGGAUCGCUCCGUGAGGAUAAACAUCUGGAGGAUCCUAUGGCUACAGGGGAUCCUCUCCGACUGCCCCCUCGCAUGCGAGAGCGUCGACCGGAAGAUUUCCAGGUUCUCUGUCACGCCAAAUAUGCCGGGGAUGUGCGCUUGUCAUUAACUGCUGAGAUUCUUCUUGACUAUCCCAUGCCUAGCUUUGUCGGCCUGCCGCUAAAGCUUAAUGUCACGGGCAUUACAUUCGAUGGUGUUGCGGUCAUCGCGUACAUUCGCAAGCGAGUUCAUUUUUGUUUCUUGUCAGCCGAAGAUGCGGAUGCACUGAUCGGGUCCGACCAGCAGGAAGUGAGAAGCCAGGAUGAUCGUCCAUGGCCUGGUGCGGACUCGACCACUUCACAGAAGCGCCAGGGAGGUUUACUUCAAGAAGUACGAGUGGAGAGUGAGAUUGGUCGGAAGGAAGAUGGAAAGCAAGUUCUGAAGAAUGUCGGCAAGGUUGAGCGCUUCGUUCUAGCCCAGGUCCGUCGAAUUUUCGAGGAAGAGCUUGUUUUCCCUAGCUUCUGGACCUUUCUCAUUUGA